UGACAGCAACAACAAACGUGAUAUGGCCAUAGCUUUUGACGCGGAAUAAAUAGUUGUGAACAAAACAUUUUUUUAUUUAAUUUUUCAGCCAUUUUUUGCGGACCAGAAAAAUUUAGAAUAGAUACGUGCAGAGCUUCGUGGAAAAAUUAAAAUAAAACAAGGGAAACGGUCGGAAAAUGGACAGACCGAGCUCCUCAACAAACCCCAAUAAAAAGAAGUUUAUACCGAAAUCAUAUCGUCGAUCGAAUCUUUCGCCGGAUGCAGACGAGUUGCAAAUACAUCCUGGGCACGAGAGAUUAGAAUUAGAUAGAGAUAGCGAAAGCGAUCGAACCCGAUCACGUGAGCCUCAACCAUCAACAUCGACCGCUCUAUCAACAUCUCAAACAACCAUCAAUGAUCGUAGUCACCGAAAAAAAGAACACUCCCGCAGGAGGCGUCUAUCUUCAUCCGAUUCAUCAUCAUCAUCAUCUGGCUCAUCAGGCUCAUCCUCUUCAUCUUCAACGUCAAGCAAGCACAAACCGUAUUUCAUUGACCCUGCAAGGGAGAAAGAACGGAUUGAAAAAGUUUACAAAGAGCGUAGAGCUCGUGGACCAAAAUUGUCGCGCGCCCAGAAGAAACGCACACGGUAUGAAAAAUAUAAGCUAGAGAAGCGUGAUGCGAAUCGACGAGAACGGCCGGAAAAUGGAGAUCAGAAUCAUGAUCGUUCAACGGCUCAAAACCAACGAUCAACCGAUACAACUCGAUCUACGGAUGACAGGAAUAAUCAGCAGCCGCAAAUCAUAAUUGUUCCUGUACCUCAACCGAUGAUGCCAAAUUACAUGCAUCCACAUCCGAUGCAACCGAUGCCAAUGCCCUAUUUAUAUCCGCAAGGUGGUUUUCGGCCGCCCAUGGCGCCACCACAGAUGCACGAUCCCAACUACUAUGGUCCAAUGAGGGCACCAUUUCGACCGCCAUUCCGACCAUUUUUCUAUCCACGUUCUGGUCCACAGCAAACGUUUAGGCGACCAUUUCGACCGAACAAUCCGCAAACGCAGAGGAGACCGUUCCAGCGUCGCCCAUGAACUUAUUCGAUUUUAGCGAAAGGAGAAUGCAAUUCCAAACACAGUUCAAAAUUACGCUCCAAAAUUUGUCUACUCAAAAAAACACUUGAUUUUCUUUUUUUCAAUAAAUGUAAUUCUUUCGAUUGUUUUUAUAAA